AUGUCGACAUCUCGGCAAAGUCUAAUAACUUCCGCUGUAAAUUUUCUUAAAGAUCCAAAUGUUCAAAGUUCUCCUCUACAAAAGCGUGUAGCUUUUUUAGAAUCUAAAGGUUUAACUUCCGAGGAGAUCGAAGAGGCAUUGAAAAAAUCUAAAGGUGAUGAUAUCUCUACCAAUGCGUCCGAAGUUGCUCUGCCAAAACAUAAUCAGGCUAAUGUCCAGUCAAGCGGUCAACCUAUAGUCAUACAACCACCUCCAGUUCCAAGAAUGGACUGGAAAGAUUAUUUCAUUGCUGCUGUUUUUAUUGGUGGUAUUGGUUAUGCGAUCGUUGCUGUCACUAAGAAAUAUAUUACUCCUCUUUUGAGGUUACCAACUGCUGACGAGCUUGAUCGAGACAAGCAACUUCUUACUGAUCAAUUCACAACUGCUUCUGAAACUCUGGACACUGCCAAACUUGAUAUCCAACUUGUUAAAAAAAGCAUUGAAGAACAAUCUUUUAAACUACUUGAAAAAACAAAAGAAUCUCAAUCCCAAUCCCUAAGUGAUUUACAACAAGAACUCAAAUCAUUAAAAUCUCUUCUUGCAAAUAGGCGAACUCUUUCUAAUGAUGUAUUACCAUCGUCUCCAACUUCAACUCUUACUCCAACUUCUCCCAUUGUUCAAUCUAUAUCUUCUCAUCAUGGAAUUACUUCUGAUCGUCCAACAAUUCCAACCUGGCAACUGACUUCCACUGCAUCAAAGGACCCUCUAGAUUAG